CUCAGAGCUUGGCUAUUGAUUUUAUUUGCAUUUGGUAUUUAUUUCCAUAGGAGGCAUACGAACACAUUUAAACGUCUUGACUGUUGAGUAAGACGCUUUUAGCACAAUAGUAUAACUUUUGAGAGUGAGAGAUGGAGACGAGUGCCGAGUCUGGCAGCAUGUCGCCGGCGCGCGUGAAGCUGGAGCCCGAGACGGACCAGUCGGAAAUGGCCCCUGUGAAGGAAGAAGCUGUAUUCCUGGAUGAAGCUGUAUUCGUGAAGGAGGAUUGGUUGGACAGCACGGCCGGGCUCGGCGUGGGCGAGGGAGCCAUGCUGGCCGACUUGUACACCAAGCACGAGGUGAAGGACGAGCUCGUGCUGGGGCCGGAGCGCCCGCACCGCCCCGUAGUCGUCCCGGCCGCUCUAUGUAAUCGUGUCGCAGCGUCCGCUCUCGUGUCCGCCGAGCCCACACCCAGUGCCAUCGCACCCAUCUAUCAGUGUCACCAUUGCGGCAGACGGUUCAGCAACAUGUCGUCUUUAAAAGAACACGUUCUCUCUCAAUCACCUUUACCUCAUACUACAACUGAAGGAUAUGAUGGUAUAGAACGACAGCAAACGACAAAGCCUAACCUGACUACUACAAGAGUACAACACACAGACUACAAGAAUAAUUUUAAAACAACCCUACAAACUCACCUGAUGACUAACUCUGGCGACAAACCCUUCAGUUGUACCCACUGUGACUACAAGUGUAGAAGCAAAGCACAAUUAACGUCUCACCUGAGGAUUCACACCGACGAGAAGCCAUUCAGUUGUAGUUACUGUGACUUCAACUGUAAACGAAAAGCAGAUUUACAGACUCACCUGAUGACUCACACUGGCGAAAAUCCUUUUAGUUGCAGCCACUGUGACUACAAGUGUAAAAGAAUAUCUCACUUAAAGUCUCAUCUGAUGAUCCACACUGGCGAGAAGCCAUUUAGUUGUAGCCACUGUGACUACAAGUGUAGACGAGAAGCAGAUUUUAAGUCUCACCUGAUGACUCACAUUAAAGAGGAGCCUUUGUAGCGACUGCGGUUACAAAUGAAGAAGAGAACAGGGGCUCACCUGUGGAGACACCCUUCAUGUAUGUAUACUAUGUGUAGUGAGACUUCAAGUGCAGGAGGAAAUGAGAGUUACGGCCACACCUGUUGAAUCACUCCGGUUAAAAACUAUUCAAGUUUCAAUACACAUACUAUAAAAAUUGUAUUCCUCAUAAAAAUUACAUUUAGCGAGAUUUUGUUUUCAUUCAUUGUUCUGAAUAGUUGACUUUAAUGAAAUUAAUAUUAUUACUGUAGCCAAGCCAAUAGCACGUCACUACUUUAAAAACUUUAAAAACUUAUAUUUCGUCGUCGUGUUGUUUGUUUUGUUUUGUUGUAUUUGU